GGAUGGAUGGAUAAAAAGUAUCAGCUUCUCUUUUUUUAGUACAAAUAAAAAAAUUAUUGCUUAAUUAUUAAGCACUAUAUAAUAAAGUAUCGAUCCAAGCGGGGUUUUUUACAGUGACAAAACCAAAAUGUUUUCUGCAAAGAUUUCAUAUAUUCAUGCUCUAUUCAUUCUCUCUGUGGUGUUCCAAGAACCGGCUUUAGCCAUCAAAAAGUCUUAUAUUGUGUACUUGGGAGGACAUUCACAUGGUCCAGAAGUAACUUCUGCUGAUCUUCGCCGGGUCGAAGAAUUCCAUCAUGAGUUUCUUGGAUCAUUCUUGGGAAGCAUAGAGAAGGCUAAAGAUGCGAUAAUUUAUUCGUAUAAGAGACAUAUCAAUGGUUUUGCCGCGGUUCUUGAAGAGGAAGAUGCAUCAGAAAUAGCAAAGCAUCCAGAUGUACUAUCUAUUUUCUUGGAUCAAGGAAGAAAUUUACACACAACACAUUCAUGGGAUUUUCUUAUGUUGGAAAGAAAUGGUAAUAUUCAAGCCUCGUCAUUAUGGGUAAAGUCAGGGUUUGGUGAAGAUACGAUUAUUGCAAAUCUUGACACUGGCGUAUGGCCUGAAUCAGAAAGCUUUAAUGGCAAAGGAUUCGGCCCCAUUCCUUCUAAAUGGAAAGGCAUCUGUCAACUUGAUGGCGAUGCUGGAGCCCCUUGCAACAGGAAACUGAUUGGAGCUAGGUACUUCAAUAAAGGCUAUGUUGCGUAUGGAGGCAAAGUUAAUUCUUCGAAGAACACUGCACGCGACUACGAUGGACAUGGCACUCAUACAUUAUCCACUGCUGCUGGAAACUUCGUUCCGGGAGCAAAUAUAUUUGGUGUAGGAAAUGGAACGGCAAAAGGCGGUUCACCAAAAGCUCGAGUAGCUGCUUACAAAGUAUGCUGGCCUCCAAUCAAUGGCUCAGAAUGCUUUUUUUCUGAUAUAAUGGAAGGCUUUGAUAUGGCAAUGCACGAUGGCAUAAACGUGCUUUCAGUCUCUCUCGGUGGAGAUGCUGUAGACUAUUUUGAAGAUGGCAUAGCCAUCGCGUCAUUUCAUGCUGUAAAGAAAGGAAUAGUAGUUGUAGCCUCUGCUGGAAAUUCCGGACCAGACUCUGGAUCUGUGUCAAAUAUUGCACCGUGGCUUCUAACUGUUGGAGCAAGCACCAUUGAUCGAGAGUUCCAAGCUAAUGUUAAGCUGAGCAACGGAAUGAUCCUAGAGGGGACGAGUCUUUCUAAAUCAUUGCCGAAUGAUAAAUAUUAUCCACUUAUUAGUGCUGAAAAAGCUAAAGCUGCCAAUGCAUCUGCUCUCGACGCGAUACUCUGCCAAGAAGGAACAUUAGACCCCAAGAAGGUGAAGGGUAAGAUACUGGUCUGUCUUCGGGGGGAAAAUGCACGAGUCGACAAAGGUGAACAAGCUUUAUUAGCUGGUGCUGUAGGGAUGAUUCUUUGUAACGACGAGGCAAGUGGUAAUGAACUUAUGGCUGAUCCUCAUGUUCUUCCUGCUACACAAAUCAAUUACACAGAUGGCGUUGCUGUCUUUGCCUACGUCAAGACAACCAAGCAUCCACUAGGGUUAAUUACAGCUCCGAAGGAAGUAUUGAACAAAAAGCCUGCUCCAUUUUUGGCCUCAUUCUCGUCCCGGGGACCUAAUCCUGUUACUCCUGAAAUUCUCAAGCCAGAUAUUACUGCACCGGGAGUGAAUAUCGUUGCUGCAUACUCCGAAGGCGUAAGCCCUACAGGAGAAGAAUUUGAUAAACGCACGACUCCCUUUAAUACAGAAUCCGGGACCUCAAUGUCAUGCCCUCACGUUUCCGGGGUAGUAGGCUUACUUAAGUCGCUCCACCCUGACUGGAGUCCAGCAGCAAUAAAAUCUGCAAUUAUGACAACCGCAAGAACACGAGACAACACGAUGCAUCCAAUGCUCGAUGCAACGUAUGAGAAAUCUACACCUUUUGGAUAUGGUUCUGGACACAUACGACCAAACCGUGCCAUGGAUCCUGGAUUGGUUUACGACUUGGAUUUCAACGAUUAUCUAGAUUUCCUGUGUGGCAUUGGUUAUAAUGAAACAAUGAUUCGUACAUUCUCAGACGGGCCUUAUGAAUGUCCAACGGAGUAUGAAAUCACAAACUUCAACAACCCCUCUAUAACAAUCCCGAAUCUCGAUGGAGAACAAACAGUGACAAGAAAACUGAAAAAUGUUGGCACACCAGGGACCUAUACUGCUCGUAUAAGACAACCACCAGGAUUUUCGGUUUCUUUAGAGCCAAAAUCUCUCAAGUUUGAGAAAAUUGGUGAAGAAAAGACUUUUAAGCUGAUUAUUGAAGAAGAAAAAGAAGGAACUUCAACAGAUUUUGUGUUUGGAGAGUUGUUAUGGUCUGAUGGAAGGCAUUAUGUGAGGAGUCCAAUAGCAGUUGCUUCUGGAGGUUCAUAAAAUCCCUUCAGCUUCAAGAAUUAUAUUUAUUUUAUGAUUUUUUAUUGGGUUAAAAAAAUCUCACAUAAGUGCUUAAUUGUUUAAAGCAUGUUACUUAUUGCAAGAAUUAUGUUUUAAUUUAU